UGAGGCCUCCCGCUUCCAGCUCAUCGGCGAGCUGGCAUCAAGCAGGGGUGUGAAGGAGAGGCCUCUGCCUGUGCAGAAAGGUUUGUGAAGGUGCCGGGAGCACUGGCCGGCAACUCCCCUCUCGUUCUCCCAGGAAGGGCUCGGCUCGCUCGGCUACUCCAACUCCAUCAGAGGCCGAAUCCAGGGCCACCCCGGCCGAGUCUUCGUGCGGCAUAGGGUGCCUCAGCUCAAGUUCACCUGCAGGGUGGAUGGCCCGUCUGCAGCUGAAAUCAUUCCCGAGGCUGAUGUCCCCAGGGAGAGCGUUGGCUAUGAUGUGUCCAUAUCCUUCCUUGAGCUGCCCACGUCCCAGCAUGUGAGGAACAUGGGGCCAUACUACGCCAGGCAGAAGAAAGCGGUCUUCCUCCAGGCCACGCUCCAUAGCCCCAACCUCAGCCUGAGGCUCUUUGUGGAUACCUGUGUGGCUUCUCCAGAUCCCCAUGAUUUUACGACUGUCAAGUAUGACUUGAUCCGGCAAGGGUGCAUCAGAGACGAUACCUAUGUCAACCUGCACUCCUACCAGAAGAACACGGCCCAAUUCAAGUUCAACGCCUUCAACUUUCUCAGCAACUAUGAUGUAGUCUACCUGCAGUGCGAGGUCGCUGUGUGCACAGUGGGGGACCACUCAUCCCGCUGCUCCCAGGGCUGUGUAGAGCGGAGUAAGAGGGAUGCGGGUCCUGGGGGGUCCCUAGAAGAGCAGACUGAGCAUUUCCAAGUGGUGGGGCCACUGGAAAUCCACAGAGGGACCGGUCGGAGUAAGACCCUUGUGUGAUUUCUCCACUUUCCACCCAAAUCCGUUAAUAGAAAGCAAAGCCUAUUUCCCUGCAGCGAAGUAAUAAGUUUGACAAAUCAGAAGUUGUCCACAGAGCCACAGGUAAAAGAAACACUAAGGAGGUUCUCUCUGAGGUUUGUUGCUACAUAAACCUUCUCUGAUUAUUAAACUUGUAAGGCACUCACUCUCUUUGUCGGCUGGAGAUGUGUUUUCUAAGUCUUCACUACCGAGAACUCGAUCAUUGUCUUACACUGUACAUAUUCUGAAGUACAGAGUUCUCUCUAUAUACCAAAUUGCCCAUGUAAAGAUUUUGUUUAAUUGACUCUUCAACGUUCAGAUGCUAGUAGAUGGAUCUUUUUGUUUCUGUCCCUUGGGUGGUAUGAGAAUUUCNGAUCUUACUAAGAGUCUUGUGAAAAAUAAACUAAGUGCUGGGAAGCCACUGCUCUUUUUUUUUUUAAUCCUAAUAACUGGUUAGUUAUUUGUUUGUUUACUCAUUGUCACUUACUCAAAACAAGCUCUUCUUGCCCAUUUCAAAGGGAACAC